UUUGUUUCCGCUUAUCGACUCGCGGUGUUUGGGCAACCUCGCUAUACGCGACCGGUCUCUGUUGUCUGUUCAGUUCACUCUGUUGAUGAAGAAUCAGUGUAUGGCGCACAGUGGUAGUGAGGUAACAUCCUUCGUUUUAUACAGCAAAAAGUAACAGUUCGCAUAUAUAAGAGUGUCGAUCCUGCAGGCCUGCUUUGCCCGGUGACCUUUUUUAUUCUGUCUAGCUGCCGUUGUUCAUCCGUUACAGAAAAAAAAAGUUACGUUGGUUUGUUUGGUUAACCCGCCGUAUUGAUUUGUUAUUGUCGAGAGAACCGCAUGGCCUGAGGGAACCGAAACGAUCAAAGGAAAUAUGGCCGCCUUGAGAUGGAUCUAGCGGAAGUGGUCGAGGACUUGAUCUGCACGUUCGACGGUUCCGGUGACACCACCAUGGACACCCUCGCCAUGUUCAUAUUCGGCUGGAUCCUGGCCGCGCUCUUCGUCCUGUGGCUCGGCAAGCUGGUCUACGCCAAGUUCCAGGCGAAAUCGACCUCGGGCGAGGCCAGGGCCAGGCUGACGGAGGCCCCCCUGAGCAAGACGACCGACAACGUCGACGCAGCCGCCGCAGUCGCGGACAAGGCCCCCAAGAAGAUCGCCCCGCUGGGCAAGGCGGCGGGGGGCUACGUGCCGCCCACUCCCCCCGUGAGGAAGAGGCUCACCAGGCAGAGUCCCGCGCCCGAGGUGAGGAAGCCCAAGUUCGUGCCGGCCCCCCAGUGCACCGGGCCCGAUAACGUGUGUGUUUUGUGGGUGAACGACGUGUUGCAGUGGUUGUACAACGACUUCGUCAUCGUCAACGAGCUGCUGGCCGUCUGGAUAGCUGCGCUGAACGAGUACACCAAGAAGUCCGUGGCCGAGCAAGGGAUCGGGGUCGAGUUGGUCCGGAUCCUGCCGGAAACCCAUUCCCCAACCCUGACGAAUAUCUUCGCCGAAGCGGAUUCCAAGGAUGACGUGACCAUAACAUGCGACUGCGAAGCCUACCCAGCCUUCCAGCUCAAGAGCUUCCGCCAGAAGGGUGAGAAGGUGGAGACCUCUCACUACCGCGUCAACGUGAACCGUUUCAGGGCCAGGCUGAAUAUCUUCUGUGUAUCGGAAAAGCUCCAGGCCAACGUGAAGUGCGACGGAUGGCCAGAAAUUAAGAUCGCGUUGGCCCCUGUCGGGAAUAUCAAGAAUAACUUGGACGAAACCCAACUUCAGGAAGUUAUCAGUGAAAUUCUGAUAACGGCUCUUAGAAACGCCGAAGUUAAUUUGAACCUUGCACAAUAUCCGACGUGCCCUAGGCUCGUUAGACAUGUCGCCACUCCCGGACACAUCCUGCCCGUUCAUUAUGAUAGCAUGGUAAGUGACAAGCAACGUUUUCUCCCUCGUCGACACCUUCAGGACUUAUUUGUAAUAAUUUUCCAGUCGAAUGCCUACACGUCGACCCCCAACCACCUGACGGUGAACUUGGGGCAAUCGCCAGGAGAGAAACGACUUUUAGUAAAAGUGGUGCGCGCGGCGCAACUAGGUGCUUCGCAAGGCUGUGUUGAACCAUUCUGUGUCGUCGAAAUGGACGAGCCACCCCAGAAGAACCAGACGUCUGUGCAGAAGAACACAAACUCGCCCUUCUGGGACGAACAUUUUCUUUUUGACUUAUCGCCGAAUACUGCUGAACUGUUGUUUGAAGUGUACGACCAUUCUGUGAAGCCUCACAAAUUCCUCGGUCUAGGCAUAGUAGGCGUCGAAGAAUUAUUAAUAAACCCCUCGCAGAGGCAGAUCAUUACCCUGCAGAGUCGACCGUACGAAAGCGACCCUGUCUCCGGAACCCUCACCGUAGAGUUCCUCUUCAUCGAGGGUGCAGAUAUACCCAACGUAGGCAGUAACCAACCCUAUAAGAUUAAGGAAAGCAUACGCACCCCCUCCCCGAAUAGAGUUAGGUUAACCACCACUACUACAACGUUCCACAACGAUAACCUUACAAACGGUAACCAUAUAUCCGACACGGCGCUGAGAGACUUAGAUAGGAACAGGCGGAUCGCCAACGCGAACAAGAGCACCCUAGUCAUACACAGCGUUCAGAGGCAACCUUCGCAAAGGCUCGUGAAGGUCGAAUUAAGCGACGGGAAUUGGAAGGAGGUGGAACGGUUCGAGAUCAAUUUAGACGAGAAGGAGGACGGGAAGUCCGAGGCGAGCGCCGAACACGUUAACCGACAAACCAACGGCGGCGUAGCCGCCGAACGCAACGGCUCCGCCAAUGUGGAGAGUAAGGAUGUAACGAGCGAGAGUGAGGCUGCUAAGCCUGGCGAUUUUUCCACGACCGGCACCUUACAAUCCAACUCGUCCAAUUUGGAGUUUCGAGGUAGGGCCAGGAAGCGCAGGGACUUUUUCGGCACCAUAAAGAGAAGGCUUGGAAAAUCGAAGAACCGCUCGAAAUCGGCUGGGCCGGAGAACGACAUCGGAAGGGACGAUUCUCUGAAUCGGUCCAUUUCGGCAGACAGGGGUCAACACAGCGAUGACAGUUACCGUUUAAAUGUCCCCGGCCAACGUUCCAUUGACGAAACGUCCAGGAGGUCCAGCCUUUCCGAGGCCUCCGGUUUAAGCAGCGCUUCCACCAGGACGUACAUCAACGAAGCCAGUACCCUGGUGCUGGAAACGAUAGAGAACGGGAUAAAGAAACACUACCUAGUCCCGAUGUCCUUGGCGCAGAAGUCCAAGUGGAGGAAAAAAGGCACCAAACUCCACAUAUUCAACGAUCACACGUUUGUCGCAAAACAUCUACAAGGCGGUACGGUAUGUCAGGUGUGCGCCAAGAGCAUAGCGAGGAGGUUCGGCAAGCAGGGUUACGAGUGCCGCGACUGCCUGCUAAAGUGUCACAAACACUGCCAUGUGAAGGUUAACGACAACUGCCCCACGUCUACGAUCCAUAACCUGGAACUGUCCAUGCUUCCGGUCUUGAGUGAAUAACUGUUCUUACAUCAUGAAUCCUUACACAGACAAGAACCUGUCGAUAUUAUAACUACUCAUGGUUACCAGUGGCGUCAUUUUCAAACGGGUAGUUAAUAACUUUAAUAAGCACAAUUUGUCUGUCCUUAAGCUUUCAAAUCACAAAAUCUGUGUUAAGUUUUAAUAAUUUUAUUUUAUGACAAUAUUAUUUUUUUAUUAUGCUUUUUUGUUUUUUUUUUAUUUUAAAUAUACAUCUAUAAAUUCUAUACUACUAUUUAUUAUUUGUAAAUAGUUUGUUGUUUUUUGGCUUUGUUUUUACAACUAAAUGAUAAUUUUAUCAGUAAUGUUGAUAUUUUGUAGAUCUGAUCUUAUAAUUUUAUAGUAUUUCACUAAACUGAAAAAGAUAUAUAAAAAAAAAGGCUUGAACGCAAUAUACGAAGAUAUAUACAUGUAUUAAAAAUUUAAAAAACAUUGUAUUUUGAAAAUAUUAAUGUUUUAUUUUUACGUAUUUAUAAGUGCCUCUAUUUUGAAAACAUCUGCUAAAAAUGUGUAUAUUGUAAACUUACGGUACUUCAGUUGAGACCAAAAAGGUGUACGUUUUGACAAUUAUAAUAGGUGUAAUAAUUUUGUUAAAUUAUAAAUGGAAAAUAAAUAAUACAUUUUA